ACUGUCAGUUAGGGAAAUGGUUAACAGUUGUCAAAGUCGUAAAAUUUUUUUGGAAAUUCACCUUUUAUUUUACUUUUCCCAUGCGAUAUGAAAAAAACUUAUAGUUCAGUUAAUUUAGCUCUUCUUCUACUGGCGAAUUUGUGAUAUCAAGAUGAUGACUAUUAUGUAAAGAAAAUUUCUGAACAAACAGUAAAUAAGAUGUCUGACAUACCUGUCAAGGUUUUAAGAAAGGAGACAAGAGACUUGAUUUCAGCCCUAUUGAAUCCUAGGAAAGUUAUACCUAAUGAUAAAGGCUUAUCGAGAGAUUGGCAUGGGCUUGCUGAAUUAUGCGGAAUAAGUGGAGAAAUAAUACCACAUAUCAAAGAAAGUAAAGAUGCAGCUUUGAAGGUUUUGGAAAUAUGGUCUGAGAAAAAUAAAGAAGAAAGCACCACUGCCAAGUUGUUGUCAUUUUUAGAAAAACUAGACAGAUUUGACGUUGUUGAGGACGUUGCACCUCUAAUUGAAAAAGACGCAGAAUACUAUGCAGCAAAUCCUGACGGCUACAAAGCCCAGCUUCAAGAUAUUGACGACAAAGACAUUAUAACACACGACGAUACAGAACGAAAAAGUCUAGGUCUUCCACCACAAACUUACGAUGCUUUCGUGAUGUUCAGCGACGACGAUAUCAACUUUGCUAUUGAGAUCAUUAACAAAUUAGAAGUACAGUAUAAAAUGAAGUUGUGCGUUACUUAUAGAGACGUCAUAGGAGGAGAAAACAAUCAUGAUGCUGUGAUUAGGUUGAUUUCCACCAGGUGCAAUAGAGUGGUUGUUGUAGUGUCACCUUCAUUUUUGGAAAGUCCAACAAACAAAUAUUUUUAUACUUUGGCCAGAAUGGAAUCAAUUGAAACGAGAAGACGAAAAAUUAUCCCUUGUAUAUACAAGAAGUGCUUUGAACUGCCUUUGGAAUUUCGAGCAUAUCAUCUUCUAGACUUCACUAGAAUGGAGUCUAUGUUCGGAAACUUUUGGGAUCAGCUUUACAAAUCAGUCAAAGUUGUGACACCUCCGUCCACACAAUGUGAUGUUACGUCGUCCACGAAAUGCGUUCCUCCAAUAACCGAAGCUGCCAUAGCACCAAGGAAAAACAUUGAAUCAACAAAGUCCACGAAUCACGUCAAAUUCGAAUUUUUGGACAAACCUACAGAAGUGCCUAAAGUUGAGAAUAAAACACUACCCGUAGAAAUUCCUGUAGAAACUCCAGAAGCUCCUCAACCAACUCCAUCCACUGAAGAACCCGCCCACACGGAGCUGAAAAAGAAAAACUCUUUUAUUCGAAAGUUCAUGAAAAUCGUUCAAAAACACGAUGAUAAACCAGUAAAAGAAGUACAACAAAUUAACGGAGUAACUCCGAAGAAAAAACGAUUCUGGAAGAAGAAUAAGUUAAAAAUACCGGUGGCUAAUUGAUGAACGUGGAACAUAUAAUUGAGGUUAUGAUUAUUAGGUAUCCAUGUAAUUUCUCACAGUUAUUUUGUGAUUCUAUGAAAAAAAACAAGGUUACUAUUAGCCGAAUAAUAUGUAGACAUUUAUUGGAAUGAUUGAUACAUUUUUCUGGAGUGUCUAUCAAAUAUACUGGAACGUUAUUUUUCUUGAAUCUUCAAUUUAGUAUAAGCUAAUAAAAAUUAUUUAGAUUACACAAUGAUGUCUAUCGGUUCUCGGCAGUCGAGUGUAGUAGGUACUCACUUUAUAGACGAUAAUUCGUGUGUUUAAAUCACGUAGAGAUGGGUGC